GAGGGGACCCCUGGGGUACCCCAGAGCCCCUGCCCAUCCUCACCCCUGUGCCAGGAGGAGCCCAGUCCGUGGCAGAGCCUCGACCCCUUCGGAGACUCCGAGGAGAAGCCUUUCAAGAGAGGGAGGCCCUUCCUGGUGCCACAGGGCCUGGAUGACAUCGUUGGAGGCAAGAGGAAGAGGAAGGGCCCGAAGAAGCUGCAGGAUUUCAUCAGAUGGUUCUCUGCAGCCUACUGCAACGUCACGGAGGAGAAAACCAGGAGGAGGGGGGGCCCCACCUUCGCAGACCUGGAGGUGCUGUACUGGCGCCACUUCAAGGAGCGCAUGGCGGCGCACAGGAAGCUCCGCAGCUCCAGGGAGCUGCAGUGGGAGCCGGAGCAGGAGCAGGAGCUGGAGCAGGAGCGCGGGGCCGACAGCGAGGAAGGGGCAGAUGAUGAUUUCGUGGAGCACGAGGACGUGGAGCCCGAGGCGCCGGAGGAGCAGGGGGAAGGAUCCCUGGGCCCCCCUGAAUCCGGAUACGAGGACCUGGUGCGCAGGAAUGUGGAGCUGUUCAUGGCCAGCUCUCAGAAGUUCGUGCAGGAGACGGAGCUGUCCCGGCACAUCCGGCUCUGGGAGGAGCACGUGGAGCCUCUGCUGCAGGAGCAGGCAGGACCCUGGGCUGGGGGGCGCCCCCGCCCCGCGCCGCGCCCCUCAGACUCGGGGGAGGAUUUGAAUCGCGACGCGGCCCCGAUAUCGCGACCCUCGCGGUUUAUU